AUGCGCCUCUCCUCCUAUUUAGCUUUCAUUUUUGUGGCUUAUUGCACUUCAGUUACACUGGCCGCUAGGUGCCCCAUAACUGGUCCUCUCCUGCCAUCUCCAAAGACACUAUCAACUUCGCCUUUCGUCCUUGAUGCGGGUAGAAGACUAAAAGAACUCCUCGAUUCUGCGCUUACAGGUUCCAUCGAAGCAGGGUGGCAGACAAACGUCACCUCUUUCUCUAUCAUCCUGACUGAUACCGGAGAAGUCCCACUUUGGGAGUAUCACCACACAGCAUCCGGAAAUGUGAACAGCACAAAAAAUGUUGAUGGAGAUACUCAAUUCAUGAUCGCAUCGAUUACGAAAGCUUUUACCGAUUUAGCUUUGCUGAAAGCAGGACUCAACUUAGAUGAUACUAUCACCAAAUACCUACCUGAGCUAGCUUCAAGUACUUCUCCAAUCAAGUGGAAAGACAUAACUUUAAGAGCAUUGGGAAAUCAUAUGGCCGGGAUUCCACAAACCUACGGAUAUCCGGAUGAUUAUACACUGAAGUCUUACUUUGAAUCCCUCGGAUUUCCUCCGCUCUCCGAGAGCGAUUAUCCAAGAUGCGGUGUUAUCGGUUUGCAUCCUUCGUGCACGAAGCAGCAACUCCUCUCAGGACUUCUGAGCUCGGUGCCCAUUUUCCCACCCAAUACGAGGCCUGUAUAUUCAAGUAUAUCUUUCACACUCCUUGGUUAUGUGCUAGAGGAGGUGACUGGCAAAACCUUUGGGGAAAUACUUGAUACAGAGAUCAUCCAGCCUCUGGGAAUGGAAAACACGGGGCUUCAGCCCAAAAACAAAACUUCGGGGGUGAUACCACCAGUUGUGAAUGUUUGGGGUGCAGAUUUCGAGGAUAAUAGUCCUGGUAGCGGCUUAUAUUCAACCUCGAAUGAUAUCACUCGUCUCAUCAAAGGGAUACUUUCGCUUUCAAUACUUGACACACCUUCAAAGGUUAGAGGAUGGCUCAAGCCAACAGCAGAAACUGCCUCUGUGUAUAGCUUGGUUGGCAUGCCAUGGGAAAUCACUCGAACAGCAAACCUGACCCCAGAGCAUCCUCAUAUGAUAGAUAUAUAUGCAAAGGAUGGACAUGUUCCAGGAUAUACGUCUAGGAUGGCAGUUAUCGGAGAGUAUAAUGUUGGGUUUACUAUUCUCACUGCUGGUUUAACUGAUGCCAUAAAUCCUAUCGCUGAGGCACUUCUGAGUGUAUUCAUGCCAGCUAUUGAAAAAGCAACAAGGGAUGAAGCUACAAAAUAUGUCGGAAAAUUUUCUACACCCGCCAACUCCACAAUCAACUCAAGUAUAACCUUUACAAUGGACGAUGGACCCGGUCUAAGCAUUACUGAAUUUAUCAGUAAUAGCACCAAUAUGCUCGACACACUGAUGACUUUCUGGAGUUUAUGGCCCGGAAGUUAUGGUGAGCCCGAGCUAGAUCUUCGUAUCUAUCCAGCUGAUAUCUCCGAGAUUAUUGGCUCCAACGAGACGAAUGGUACUAGUGGGUUCUUAACCAGAGAAGAUUGGAGAUUAAACAUGGAGCCAAAGUCAACGGCGGGAUCGAAUGGAUCUCAGUUACCCUCUCAACGAGUGUAUGAAAAUGUCUGCGCAACCUGGCAGGGUCAUGAUUCGUUCUACUACGGCAGCAAACCGAUCGAUCGAUUUAUGUUCUUGAAGAUGGGGGGUGACAUUGUAGGGGUUGAUAUUCCAUCUCUACGUGUUACUUUGAGGAAGCAGUAA